AUGCUCAUCGUGGCCGGCCUGUGCCCCCCGGGGCCCUCGGGACCCCCGCCGCCCCUGCUGCCCAAGCCAGGCAAGGACAACCUUCGUCUGCAGAAACUUCUGAGGAAGGCUGCCCGGAAGAAGAUGACCGGGGGCGGGGCCCCCGUGCCACUGGGGGCUUUCCGCACUUCCCUGUCCCCCGUGAGCGAGGCCAGCCACGACCAGGAGCCAACGGCCCCGCGGCCCGCGGAGGGCCCGCGCAACGUGCCCGCCCUGCCCCGCUCCCCCCACCCCUCCGUCAUCCAGCACGUGGCAUCGCCUCUGCAGAAGUCCACAGCCCCCUUCAGCUUCACUCAGCACAGGAGCCUGGCUGCCCACUUCAAGGCCACGGGGCUCCGGCUCACGACACCGGCCCUGCACCCCACCCGGUCCCCCAGCGGCUUCACGCAGGUCUCGGCCCCCACAGCAGGGGCCACCCACGUCAGCCAGGUACACAUCCGGCUCGUGCCGUCCCCACAGGCCAGGACCCCGGAGCCCUGCCAGACGGCCCCAGAUGGGGGGCCUGGUGGGCAGGACAAGGACACGGUCCCGUACCCUCCUGGGGCCCAGCCCCCGGCCCCCGCGGCCCACAUCCACCCUCUGCCCACCGAGGCCCAGACUGCCGGUCCUUGCCCUGAGGCCCCCCCUCCUCAGUGCCCUGGCCCUGAGGCCUUGGUGCCCAGAGAGGGUGGCCCUCGGCUUGUGGUGCCCAUAGUCCCCACCUACCGCUCACCGGGACCCUCGCCUCACAGGCCGGCCUCAGCUGAGCCCGUGGAGAAGCCCCCCGUGGCUGGCCCUGCCGCUGAGGCCGAGGCGGUCUCCAGUCCCCGGGGGGCCUCGUCCCCGGCCCCGCCCUCAGGCCCGCACCCAUACCCUGUCCCCGAAGUUGCACCGAGGCCCCGGCUCAGCGGCUGGACGCGCCUCAAGAAGCAGCUGAUGGAGGAGGCGGAAACAUCCCCGUGCCCGGGGCCAGAGCAGAGCCCAGAGGGCGGGGGGCAAGAGGUGACAGCCCCCGCCCUCCCAGCGUCCCGGCCCCCAGCCUCCCGGGCCUCCAGGAUGUGGGACGCGGUGCUGUAUCGCAUGUCAGUGGCCAAGUCCCAAGGCAGCCUGGCUGGGCCCAGGGAUGGGGCUUGUACCCUGGCCGGCCUGGGCCGCCUGCCCUUCCUGUGCAGGCCGCGAUUCAACGCCCGGAAGCUGCAAGAGGCAGCCGCCCGGCCGCCUCCUACAGUCCACUCUGUCGUGGACCUAAACCCCAAGCCCAAGAACUUCAACCGGACGGCAGCUGGCUGGAGGCUCCAGUGA